AUGGGGUUCAACUUGACACUUGCAAAAUUACCAGAUACUGAGCUGCACAGCCAAGGGAGCCCCACCCCAAGUAACGUGAGUGAAAAGCCGGGAGAGAACAGCACCGUUCACAAUGAGUUCAACACCAUCGUCUUGCCAGUGCUUUACCUCAUUAUAUUUGUGGCAAGCAUAUUGCUGAAUGGUCUAGCAGUGUGGAUCUUCUUCCACAUUAGGAAUAAAACCAGCUUCAUAUUUUAUCUGAAAAACAUAGUGGUUGCUGACCUCAUCAUGACACUGACAUUUCCAUUUCGAAUAGUCCAUGACGCAGGAUUUGGACCUUGGUACUUCAAGUCUGUCCUCUGCAGAUACACUUCCGUCUUGUUUUACGCAAACAUGUACACUUCCAUUGUGUUUCUUGGGCUGAUAAGCAUCGACCGCUAUCUGAAGGUGGUAAAACCAUUUGGGGACUCUCGUAUGUACAGCAUAACCUUUACGAAGGUUUUAUCUGUCUGUGUUUGGGUGAUCAUGGCUGUUCUGUCCUUACCAAACAUCAUACUAACAAACGGACAACCAACUAAGGAAAACAUUCAUGACUGCAUGAAACUUAAAAGUUCCUUAGGAGUCAAAUGGCAUAAGGCAGUCGUCUAUGUGAACAGCUGCUUGUUCGUGGCCGUCCUUGUGAUCCUGAUCGGAUGCUACAUUGCCAUAUCCAGGUACAUCCACAAAUCCAGCAGGCAAUUCAUCAGUCAGUCAAGCCGAAAGCGAAAGCACAACCAGAGCAUUAGGGUGGUUGUGGCCGUGUUUUUUACCUGCUUUCUACCAUAUCACUUGUGCAGAAUUCCUUUCACUUUCAGCCACUUGGACAGACUUUUAGACGAAUCUGCACACAAAAUCCUGUAUUACUGCAAAGAAAUGACACUUUUCUUAUCUGCAUGCAACGUGUGCCUGGAUCCAAUAAUUUACUUUUUCAUGUGUAGGUCAUUUUCAAGAAGGUUAUUCAAGAAAUCGAAUAUCAGAACCAGAAGCGAAAGCAUCAGAUCCCUGCAAAGUGUCAGAAGAUCGGAAGUCCGUAUAUAUUACGAUUAUACUGACGUAUAA